CAGGGCAGGGCAGGGGGCUGUUGCCGCCCAUCACUGAUUGCAGCAGAACGAUGUGGCAAACACCUGAGCUGUCAGCCUCCAACCACACCAACGCGUCAGAUGUUGACCCUGAGAGGCUGCUGCUGCUGCUGGAGCACCGCUCCCUCAAAGUGGGCAUCAUAACCGCUUUGGGGUUGAUGAUCACUCUAGGGAAUGUUGCGGUGCUCCUAGUGAUCACGUCGUCGGUGGCUGGUUGGUCGAGAAACUCUCGGUACUUCCUGCUCUCUCUGACCGCCGCAGACUCUGCGUUUGGACUGUUGGUCAUGCCCCUGAACCUGUGCGUCAGUUUGCUGAAGGACUACACGGACGGCCCGGACGCUCUCUGCCACGUCGUGGCUUUUUGCAACGCCACCGUCUAUUCCACCUGCAUGUACACUCUAGCCACGAUCAGCCUGGAGAGGUACAUAGCGGUGUUCUACCCGCUGCAGUACUCCACCCUCAUGACCAGGAGGAGGACGCUGCUGCUGAUCGCCUUCGCCUGGUGCUUCCCCCCCUUCCUCCUCCUGCCAAUCUCAUUUCCAGACAGCAUCAUCGAGGUGCAUUUUUCCAACGCCUCACUGGUUUGCAACCCAUCCUACUCCACAAACAUCGCCUACUCACUGAGCUUGACAGCUCUAAUAUUUUUCCCGUGCUCCGUCGUCAUGACCUUUGCAAACCUGAGGGUGUGGUGCGCAGCCAAGAGACAGAGGCUGAAGAUGCGCAAAUACGGCUGUGCGCUUCGCAGCAGGCACAACGUGGCAUCGAGAGUGCUCGUGCCCGUGAUGACGGCCUACUACACCUGUUGGACUCCCUGCAUGGCCACCAUGAUCUACAAUGCCGUCUCAGGUAACACAGUACCAGAGUGGGUGGAGUUUGUGGUGGUGUGGCUACCCACCUCCAAUGGUUUCCUCAACUGUAUCUUCUAUUUCUGGAUAAAUCGAAACUUUCGCAGGAAAUUUCAUCUAGUCCUGCACAGGCUGGCUCUGGCUGUCUGUCCUAAAUUGGCCAGCAGCUUAGGCAUCAGCAUCUCAACCACACCGUUUGAGUCUGGAUUCUUGGACAACAACAACAGUGUUCAUGAGCGCUCGUCCAGUGUGUCCUCCACCUGUACAUUGGUCAGCCUGGCUUAGAACUUGCAGGCUAAAAGAAGAACACAAACAUGGCAGAUGACACAGCUAAUGAACUGAGUGACAUCAUUGAUUUUCUGGAUGAUCUUCACAGUCAGUGCUGUGUUGUUGACAUCUCGCUGUGAUCCCAAGGAUCAGGAAAAGGCAGCAUUGGCUGGAAACGUAAAUGAGCAUUGCUGACAAACACUGUAAAAUAAUAAUCUGAGGUUUUUGUGUAUUUUAUUUAUCCUUUUAAUCAGAAUUCAAUGUAAAGAAAACAGAGCGUGUGUUUUUGUCAGCUGAACACUGUUUUGCUUAUGUGAUUUCAAAUGUUGUAACACUCAUUGGCACAGUUACCAGGAUUUACCCUCUGGUCAGAGAUGGCCUCUUAAAUCACCUUUUUUAGUUGUUUUAUGGUUAUUAGCCAUUAACCUUGUCUGUAUCCCAGGAGUUCCUUCCAAUAUUCUGCAUGAAGCUUUUAAUAAUGUCAACCUGUUCAGCUACUCAGGUCAACACGUCCAAGAAGUUCAGUCAGCUAAUCAAAAGUAACAUCUGCCUUUCAUUAUAGACGUUUAAAUGUUUCUGAUCAAAUGCACUUUGAAGAACUAAGGCUAUCUACUUUUCCACCCUAACACCUGUGUCGAAGACUUUGGCAUGUAACGGCUAAGAGAAUUUAACCUUUAAGUCAGCGCAUUUCGGAGCAUGCAAGGAGAAAGAUAAUUAAGCACAUCCACCUCACAAAAGGUCACUACAUUUGUGCUGGAAAGAUCCUGAGCUUAAUAUCUCCAAACAAAUAAAGGCGUGGGAGCGAAAUCCUCUGGGACCUUCACCUUCAGUUUGACAUCAUUUUGAUAAAUUGACAUCUAAAUCUUUAUCUUAGCUAAACUUUAUUUUGUUGUAAAGGUAGUUGUAGACAUGUAAGCGCACACAAACUGCAUAAAGAGGACUUUUGAACAAUUAAGCAAAUCACAAUUUUAUUCAUUUUAGCAUGUAUGCUGCUGCUUGGCAUUGCCAUAAAUGGAAAGCAGCAUUUACAAAACUGUGACCUUUGGAAGUAAUAAUGGUCUAUGAAUGUACACAUUGUUUCUAAUUUUAAGAUAUAAAGAAAAAUGAAUGACUGUGAAAUAAAGCAUAAUGCCUUUGAAUGGUUUGACUUUAAUUGUGGAAUUUUAAGUAAAUUCUUUUGAGAAUUGUUGAAAUAUUAACAUGCCUAAUGCAUGAAAUUGAAUUUCCUGUUUUUGUUGAUUGAAUUCUAUUCCCAGUGACCCAUUUUAGCUUUGGUUUGUCUCAACAAACUGCAGAAGAAUUUAAAUUUACUGUGAAGAUUUUAAGAACCUGCUGACUUCAACACCCUUUUUGUCAAGACUCUCCAAAAAUCUUAACAUUUCAAUCAUUUUGCUUGACAGAUGGCAAAGCGUGUUCAAAAGAAUGUUUUUCUCAGCAUGUUUUCAACAGAGUGUCUUUCAAUGACCCCCCCUCCCCCCUUGAAAUAUAAAAAAGACCUGAUUUUUACCUCAGUUUUAAUCGACGAGAGUCUAUAUUUUCUUUUUUCUUAUACCAAUAAGUGAAAGGACUAUUCUCUUUUUAGUUAUAGAUAUGGGCUGUCAGACAGUAGCAUCAUAAGAAACCUGCAGUUAAUUGAAUGUGAGAGCUUUUAACUGCAUGAUUUCACACUGUACUACCAGUUUUCAAAAAAUAGGGAAAUUGACAUCUGCAUAUCUUAUCAUAGUUUUUUUUUCUCUUCAGUUAAACUACAUUUUCCCUAAGAGCUCUGUAGAGCAAUUCUGUUCUUCCCCUGAUAACAGGAUCCUCCUCAGUGGCCAUGAUAACUGCAAAGCCCCCUUGGAUCACUGGCUCAGAUAUGUUAAAUCUUUGAGAUAUUUAGACUAUUUAUUUCUCCAUAACUUUAAAGCUAGAAUUCAUGCUAUCAAUUAUGUCAAUCCAAUACCAAAACGGUUAAAUUAGCUCUCUGUAAAUGAUCUAAGCUGCAUACAGUUUCCAUCACUUUGGUUAUUUGCAUUUGCACCUUUCCUCUCUUAAAAUACUGAGUAACAAGUUCUGCUAUUGACCCUAUAGAGAAAACCAAAAAGGACUUAAGUUUAAAAUAAUUACAUUUAAGUGUGGCCACUUAUGAGUAGGAAUAAAUUUAGCUUGGUUUUAAUUUCUAUUUUAAAAAAAGAGCUCCAUACAAACUUUUUAACAUGCAGUGAGAAAUUGUUUAAAAACUAUACAUGUACACAAAUUAUUUAGUUGUAUGUAAAAUCCGUUUCAUAGGAUGACGUUAGAAAAGAACAGUAACUUGCAUGUCAAAUGAAUUGAUGCGAUCAAUGUAUGAUGAAAAAAUCAACCAAAUCUUGAUGGGUAAAAAGGUUUGUAUUCAACUAAGCAUUGCAAUGCAAUGAAAGGAAAAUGAAUUUGCUUAGGAAAAGGUUAAAGAUAAGAUAUGCUCCUUGCAACUAAGGUACUUCAGAUCUUUGUGUAAUUUCUCUUCUUUUUUUGAUCAGUUUUCCUUUUUUUAUUUUUUACUUUUGUGUUUGUGUCACCAACAAAGGUCUCAGAGGACAAUGAUGUGUCGUGCAUUCUCACCCUUCACUCUCCCUGACAAUUGCUGCUACUAGAAAUAACAAGCAGUUCAGUCACAGAGACUGAUGGGGAAUGGAUUUCAUAUUUUCUGAAUGAGAAAACAUGACUGUCAGUGUGCUUCUUUCUUUCUUUUCAUAAAUGCAGUAAACGCACAAGACAACUGGGGUGUGUGUCGCCUCCACACUAUGCUAAA